AUUCACGUUCGGGCGAAUGAGUUUAAAUGCAGUGCGAGAGUGGGAAAUGUUUGUUUUUAAUACGAUGAUAUACACAGCGAAUCGACUUGGUGUUUCGUGUUGAAAGUGAUGAUUAGUGGGUGCCGGUGAUUUUUUUCAGUGUGUGUGAUACAAGUGAAUGUUUGUGCUUCUGAUAUCUGAAAUGUGAUAAGUAUUCUCAUUAACGUCCAUUCGAGAACAUGAUUGUGACAUGAAACAUGUACGGAAGAUUACUGAAUAUCAUCAGCUUUGGAAGAAAAGGAGACGCAUCGCCUGUGCGCCGGCCGCCAUCCGCGGCGAGCGGGGCCGAUGGUGGCGCCGGCGGCGACUCCCCGAAGCUGCGGCCUCGCGCCGCCACCGGCGUCGACGCCCACGCCAAGCCUGCGCUGGACACCUCCGGGGUGACGCUGGACGAGAUGACGCGCCGCCGCGAGUCGUCGCUGCGCCAGCACGCCUUCUUCCAGCUGCGCGUGCACCUGCGGCGCGGCGUCGACCUGGUGGCGCGCGACAAGGGCGGAACAAGUGAUCCAUACGUCAAGUUCAAGGUGAAUGGCCGACUACUGUACAAAUCGAAGACCAUCUAUCGAGAACUGAAUCCCGUAUGGGACGAGAAUUUCAUACUACCCAUCGAGGACCCUUUUACUCCUGUACACAUCAAGGUUUUCGAUUACGACUGGGGUUUGCAAGAUGACUUCAUGGGAUCAGCAUACCUUGACCUUACGAAGUUUGAGCUAGGAAAGCCGACGGACGUGACGCUGACGCUGCGCGACCCGGGCAAGGCCGAGUACCUGGGCGAGGUGCUGCUGACGGUGUCGCUGUGGCCGCGCACCCAAGAGGAGAAGGAGCAGGUACGCAGCGGCGCGGCGGCCUCCUCCGACAAGUACUUCCAACGCAACACUAAGCUGUCUGAUGUGAAUCGCCGACUCAAAAGUCAGAUCUGGAGUUCCGUGGUGACCAUCGUUCUCGUGGAAGGCAAAAAUCUCCUGCCCAUGGACAUAGAUGGCUCCAGUGAUCCUUAUGCCAAGUUCAGGUCUGCCAACUAUCUGAUCACAAAAGCUACACAUAAGAAGGGUUGGGUAAUGAAAAGUACAAAAGUAAAGUUGUCUACAAAAGUCUCAAUCCAAGCUGGCUGGAACAAUUUGAUUUGCACUUGUAUGAUGACCAGUCUCAAGAAUUAGAAGUAACACUUUGGGAUAAAGAUCGCUCGAAAGAUGAUUUUAUGGGCAGGUGUACCAUCAAUUUGUCGGAACUGGAAAGAGAAAAGACACAUCGCAUCUGGCAAGAUUUGGAAGAGGGUGCAGGUUCUAUCUUCCUCUUACUAACAAUUAGUGGAACAACAGCCUCUGAAACAAUUUCUGAUUUGACCACCUAUGAAGAAAACCCCAUGGAACGUGAAAAUAUUGAAAAACGAUAUGCAUUGCUUCACACACUGCACAACUUAAGGGAUGUGGGCCACCUCACUGUGAAAGUGUUCAGAGCCCAAGGCCUGGCUGCAGCAGAUCUUGGAGGAAAAUCUGAUCCUUUCUGUGUGCUCGAACUUGUCAAUGCACGUUUGCAGACUCAGACAGAAUAUAAAACUCUUUCACCAUCAUGGCAGAAGAUUUUCACCUUCAAUGUGAAAGACAUCAAUUCUGUUCUGGAAGUCACAGUUUAUGAUGAAGACAGAGAUCACAAAGUAGAGUUCCUUGGAAAAGUAGCAAUACCUUUGCUUCGGGUACGAAAUGGAGAAAAAAAAUGGUAUUCCCUUAAAGACAAAAAACUCCAUGGCCGAGCAAAAGGCAACUGUCCCCAAAUUUUACUUGAAAUGACUGUCUUAUGGAAUCCUAUUAGAGCUUGUGUGAGGACAUUAAAUCCAAAAGAGGAAAAAUACAUGCAGCCAGAAAUUAAAUUUAAGCGACAAGUAUUUGUUAGAAACGUCAUGAGACUGAAAGCUAUUAUUAUGAGUGUACUGGAUUUUGGAAAAUAUAUUCAGAGUUGUUUUGAGUGGGAGUCAACACCUCGCAGUAUUAUUGCGUUCAUUUUAUUUAUAGUAUUGUGUUACUACUUUGAGCCUUAUAUGAUUCCUAUAGCUCUGUUACUUAUCUUUUUUAAAUAUUACAUUGUAAUGUCUCUGACAGGAACAUGGCCAAUUCAUGAUGAAGAUGAAGAACCACUUGGAGAUGAUGACGACGAUGAUGAAGAUAAAGACAAGGAGGAAAAGAAGACAUUAAAAGAAAGGUUACAGGCAAUACAAGAAGUAACUCAGACUGUGCAAAAUGCUAUAGGUUAUAUUGCAUCUUUAGGGGAAAGUAUCAAAAAGUAUCUCAUAAUGGCAUGGGGUAUUAACAAAUUUGCUCGGAAAUUAAUUCGCCCUCACACCGUCCCCAACAAUGAAGUUUUGGACCUCCUAUCUAGAGUUCCAGAUGACGAAGAUUUGAUUGCUUAUCGAGAGCUCAAACCACACCCAGCGACUGACUUAGAAAGAAGGCGUGAUCAAAAAAAGAAGCACAAAAUGUCCUAGUGAAUGUGUCAUAAUUUAUCGCAUCGAAGUUGAUGCCAUAGAUACAUUUACAUGACAAGUCAGAGACAAAUUACUGUAAAUAAGAAGUCAUGCACAAACUGAGACAUGUGAUGAAGCACUGAGUGCAAAUGUGUUCGGUAAAGCCUGAUACCUAUAUAAAUGUGCUGAUGUCAUUCACCCUACUAGCAUAAAUGACAGCCUCAUUAUUGGCAAGGGUCUUGACAGUAGUUUGUUUUUAAAUUGAAAUGGAAUUUGUGUAAAUGAAUGCAUGUUAAUGUAUUUGUACCUUAAAGACUUUUAGAUACUACCAUUGUUCAGAAGUUGUUUACAAGGACUGUUAAAAAUUUGUCAAAAAACAUUCCUUCAGUUUUAAUAUAUUGCCAAACCUAAUAUUGCCUCAUUAUGACAUGCUUGAUUGUUUAAUCGACAUUUAUUUGUACCUAUGAAUGUAUAAAUAGUACUGAUAAAAAGUUCAAUACUGUUAUGUAAUAAAUUUGUAAUAUUUUUUUACAUUUUGACAAAAAUUUGUGUGGACCAGUGUUGAUAUCUGCACUAAGUUAACAAAGUUUUAUUUCAACAGAGUUUUAAAAGUGGCUUUCAAAUUCAAUUUGAAUAAUAGGUGGAAAAUAGUACUCAUUCUCUGCUCUUGGCAAUUCAACAAAUAUUUUUUUUUAUAAAUACCUCAAGUUCAACAACUGUAGAAUAGUCACCCUGUAUCUGUGUCUUCCUGUCUUCUACACCUUUUAAGUAAAAUUUGUCUCUACAAAUAAGAAUACUCUAAACUUUAUUCAUUUUUCUCAAAAUAUUACUUGCUCUGUUUGUACAGUUCAAUAUACAAUGAAUCCAAAUUUUAUGUCAAUUUCCUUGUGUUUUGUGGUGGUGAAUUUUAUACAUGAAUUUAUUGAAAGUGCACUUUGAAUUUAAGUUCUUAUGAAAAUGAGCCACAAUGAUUCUUUGGUAAUAUUUCAAGUAACAUGGAGUGCAUUUCAAAAUUAGAACUUGUUUUCUCAAAGUUUCUAUGCAGUAAAUCUUUCAUUGUCAUUUGCUUUGAUACAAUUUUUAGAAAGCCAAAUUUUAAAUGUAUUAAUGUUACAAAUAUUUUGUGUUCUCCAACCAAAUUUGUGAUAAUUUCAUGCAAAAUGGAAAUCUUUUUUUAGAAUAUGGAUAUUCUUUCAAUUUACUAUUUCAAAUAAAACAUUCAAGAAAAUUUAACCUACAAUAACAAACAAUAUAACAAUUUAUUGGUUUUGAUUUUAAUAUGUACUGUAAAAAUUGACAUGUAUAUUGAAAGAUUUGUUUUAUUUCAUUGCUAAGAAUUGUUUUUUACUAUAUCAUAUCUAUGUUAAAAAAUGUUGAAAACGUUUUCCUUAAAUCAAAUAAUAUGUAAAAAUUUAUUUGUAAUCUUGUUCUUCAAUAUAAAAUAAUCAUUACUGAAAAUGUACAGAAGAAAUUAUGCUCCCAAGUUUAUCAGUGUCAUAAAACUACCAACUUUAGGGUAAGAAAAUGAGGAUGCAAAUGGUGUUUUCCAGUUGUGUGUGCAAUUGAGUCUUUUAUUUAUUUAUUUAUUUAUUUACUGCAUUCCCAGACUGUGUUUAAUGUUAUCAUUUUGCAAUGUGGAGCAAACACUCUCAACUUGUAUAUUUAUCAGCUUUCAUUUGCCAUCAAACUAUACUGAAGAAAAAGUGAUGUUUGAAUAAAGUUUAUCUUUUUUAUAAACAGUGAA